AUGAUUGGUUUGGAGGGAAUCCCCGUAUACACUUAUUUCUUUAUAAAUGAUCAAAAAUGGCAUUUUGGAUGGUUUCUGUGUGAUUUUUGGCUAAUGAUUGACUAUGUUGUUUGUUUGGCUUCAAUUUAUACUGUUUUAGGCAUUACGAUUGAUAGAUAUUGCUCUGUAAAAUAUCCAGCAGCAUAUCGAAAUUGGCGUACACCACGACGUUUCAUAUUAACUGUUGCUAUCAUUUGGCUGAUUCCAACGGUACUAUUUGGCUUAUCAAUUUUUGGUUAUGAUAAAUUUACGGGUGAAAGAAUAUUGAAAGAAGACGAAUGCUAUGUACAGUUUAUGGCAUAUCCAAUUCUUAAUAUGGGAAUGUAUAUUUCUUAUUAUUGGUCAACUUUAUUUGUUAUGUUAUACCUUUACUGGGGAAUAUAUCGAGCAGCUAAGUUGUUAGCUGCUAAAAGCGAGCAGGUGAAAAUAUUGUUAAGUAAUUUCUGUUUAACUGUUUUACUCUAA